CGUAUGAGUUCCAUUGGUCGUAGAAGAAUAUGGCAAGUCUUGGCUACAUUGUUUAUGCGUUGGCAAGUCUAUUCAACCCAGUUAGCUUCUUUCUUUAUGGUCAUCAUAGUCAGUAUACUGGUGGUAGUAAUAGUAGUACAGAACAUGAUGAUCAAUUUAAGGUGGCAUUGUUUGUGUUUGGAGACUCGCUAUUUGAGGCUGGCAACAAUGGAUACCUUCCUAAUGUUACCACAGAACUAGACGCAGCAAUAGCCCCGCCAUAUGGAGAAACCUUCUUCCACUAUCCCACCGGAAGAUUCUCCGACGGACGCAUAGUGCCCGAUUUCAUCGCUAAGUACGCAAAGCUGCCCAUGCUUCCACCUUACCUGCAACCAGGUCCACAUGAUUUUACCGACGGAUGCAACUUUGCUUCGGCUGGAGCCGGGGUUCUUGUCCAAACUAAUCCAGGAAGAUCAAUAAGUCUUCCAGCACAGUUGAGCUUCUUCAAAGAUGUCAGAAAGUCGCUGCAACAGAAACUGGGUGAUCUAAAAGCCAAACGCGUGCUCAGGGAAGCUGUUUAUCUGAUUGGCAUCGGAGGGGAUGAUUAUUUUGACUUCUACAACGACUUUCCAAAUGCCACCGAGUCCCUUCAACUCGAAGCCGUAGCAGUUGUGGUUGGCAACUUGAGCAUCAUACUCCAAGAUAUAUAUGAUUUAGGAGGAAGGAAGUUUGCAUUUCAAAACGCAGGACCGCUUGGAUGCAUACCUUAUAGGAGACAAGAACACAAUAGUAUCGAAGGAUGCGUUGAAGGACUCAAUAGUCUGGCUAGGCUACACAACACAGCUCUAGUGGCUACCCUUGAAGAGUUAGAGAGCCAACUAUUAGGAUUCAAAUAUUCAAUAUUUGACUACUAUAAUUCACUUGAUGAUCGACUCCGUAACCCUGCCAAAUAUGGGUUCACAAAUGCGACAGAUGCAUGUUGUGGUACAGGGCUGUUCAGAGCAGCUUAUUGUGGUGGAGAUAAUGGAACAAAACCAUAUGAACUAUGCAAUAACGUUGGAGAUUAUUUGUGGUUUGAUGGUAGCCAUACGACUGAAAUUGCAAACAUCCCAAUAGCAGAGCUGAUAUGGAGUGGUACACCCAAUGUCACAGGGCCUUACAAUGUCAAACAACUUUUCCAACAAGUUUCAGCUUAUUAAUUUAAGAAUAAUGUGGCAAUUGAUAUGUCACAAACACGUCAUUUAGAGUGUGUUUGGAUGACGGAAAAUAUGAUGGAAUUUAAUUGAAAGUGAGGAUUUCAUAAUUCCUA